UCGAAACUGCAGUGGUUUCUGUCUUUAUCAGCAAACCUGUGAAGGAGAAAGAAGAUGUCAUCAAUGAUGCCAGACUGGUCUCAGCUCCCUGUGGAGCUACUGUCUCUUAUCUCCAAGAAUCUGGAGGAUUACGGUUUCGAUGUUGUUCAUGCUCGAUCGGUUUGUCGUUCGUGGCGAUCCUUAUUUCCCUUUCCUUCCUGCCUGUUACGUCAAAGUUUUUCUCUUCCCUUGUUCACCGAUUUCCCUCUCGAAAGCAAAGAUUUGUGCACCCUCAAGAAGGUCCCUUUGUUCCUGUUUAGACUCCGAGCUCCUGAUGCUGAUGUUGCGUUACCAUCCCAGUAUUUUCUGGGAGGAAUAGGCCGAGAUGAGUCAGAGGAUCAUAUGGAGCUUCCAUCUCCUCUUCAAUGCUCAGUGAAAGUGAAGAUCCGAGGAUCUGAUCCAACCUUGAUAAACAUUCUCGACUAUCAGAUUAUCCCUCUGGGAUAUCUGUAUCGAAUGAUCGGUUGGGAAGAGCGGAGAAGAUAUUACAGAGGUGUGGCUUUCCUUCCGCUAAACAAGGAGGGAGAAGGACGGGAAUUCGUUGUGCUCCUCAACUACAACAAAGUUUUGUUGGUGUUAAAAAGUGCCGAAAUGAGGUGGAAGCGGCUUACAAAUGUCCCAGAUUAUCAAUGCAUGGAGUUAGUCACUUUUAGAGGCAAAUUUUAUGCGGCUUUUUUAACCGGAAAAAUUGUCGUUAUCGAUCCUCAUUCACUGGAAGUGACUCCCCUGAUGCCUUCACAGCCUCUGCGCUCAAUCGAUUAUCUGAUUCCAUCUGGCAAUGAUGAUCUUUUCCUGGUUGAGCAUUUUAACCCAAUUCCUGAUGAUGAUGUACUGGAUUUUAGUCGGUUCACAUGUAGAGUGAGCAGGCUAGAUGAGGAGACUGGUACAUGGGUUGUGGUCAGUGAUUUGGGAAACCGUGUUUUAUUUAUUGGGGGACACUUUGGAAAUGUCUGUUGCUCGGCUAAGGAGCUUCCCGAUGGCUGUGGUGUGAGUGGCAACUCCAUUUUGUUCACCAAUGAGCCAGGAAAUGUAACUUUUGCCUACAAAUAUGGAGUACAUACAGGGAGGGCGGAGGACGACCUCAAUACUUGGAGAUCCUCAACACAGAAUCGUGUGACAAUCCUCAGCACAUCUCCCGUGUUGGCUCUCUGCGUUGAGUGCCAAGCUGAAAAUCUUGCUUUGGAUAUCUGAGACGUAAUGUUGGUUUUGUAUAUAUUAGCUUUUGUGAUCAUUGAUCUUACCCUUUGUUCUCAAGUCUGCAUUUUGUGUGUCACGGCAUGCUGAAAACUAGAUCACUUGUACUUUAGUUUUAGUUUUUGUUUUUGUUCUUAAUUAACUUUCACUCGCUAUAUUCUCAAGACCAGACAGCUAUGUCUAUGAAAAUAGUUGUCUCAUGAACUCCCAAAGCUAUGUCUAGUUGUGUGACUUGUGUCCUUUGUAUCAUGUGGUCAUGUAGUGUUGAAAUCUAGUUACGUUGUGAGUAACUAUUACGUGCUUUAACUCACAGCAAUCAUCCACCAAUGGCUGAUCUAGAAAGUUAAAAACCAUGUGUAUCAAGUAUGUUCAGGCAAGCUAAGAGAUAAACACGAGGAGUAGGAGUAGAUCUAUUUUAAUUUCUGCACCAUGCUUAAUCGAUAUAGUUUCACUAGGAACCAAGUUUGUUCCGUUCAAACAAACCCAAGUAUUCCCAAUAGGGUUUCAGAGAAGAGAUAUGAAGCUCCAUGAGAUCAUCGACUUGUAACUAGAAAAUAAAAAUAAGAAAUCACAUUAAAAAAUAUUUAGGACCAUUUAACCAAGAGUAAGAAA